UUCCUAACCGGACGUAAAUUGCGGUUGCGCGCUUGACUUCCUGCAGGCUGUCAGAAGCUCGGAGGUCACAGGCGGGCCUCACUGACACUUUGAGGCCUCACUGACACACAUUGGCAACACACACGCACUUUCACGGCAUGAGAAGAGUUCCAGACGAGGGCAAGGUGCUCCCUCCCCCGGGAAUCGUCAACCUCACGUCGGUGUGGCUGGCGGGGUGCGGCUGGUUCUCCGCCAUGCUGCACAAUGCUAUCUCACACAGGCCGCCGCUCAAGUCAGGCGUCCAUCGGCAGGUCCUGUUGGCGACAAUUGGCUGGUUCGUGGGCUACCACAUGACUAAAUAUGAAAACUACGUCAAUGCCAGACUGGACCGAGACAUGAAGGAGUACAUCAAACUCUACCCCGAUGAGUUCAGGCCCAAGGAAACCAAGACCUUUGCUGAGAUCGUGGAGCCUUUCCAUCCCAUACGCUGACGUCACUAUUGUUCUUCUAAAUAAACACCUUACACUGCAA